AUGAAGACCGCUCGUAGCUUCACUUUGUUAGUAACAUCUUUUCUGCCCUGUGUCCUAGCAGGGCCUGCUGCCUAUGGGGUUUGCCAGGCAGGAUGUUCAGCUGUGGUCAUGGCGUGUUAUGCGGCCGCCGGUGCUACUUGGGGCGCCACACUGGGUCUUACAGCCGCUCCCACGGUCAUCGGCUGUAACUUGGCAUAUGGUACAUGCCAGGCAGCUUGUGCCGCGGUGAUCCUCGCCCCGACCCCAUAA